AUGGCUCCAGCCUACCACCCCGGAGAGUUCCAGGGCAAAUGGACGGCCGAACCCAUCAUCGUGGUCACCUGUCUCACGCUCUCGCUCUACAACUGUGUCGAACUCCUUCUGAUCAUCUUCGCCACGUUCCGAGAAUGGCGCGGUCUCUACUUCAUCUCGCUCGUCGUCGCCUCGGUCGGCAUUAUCCCCUACUGCGUCGGCUACGUCACCGAAUACUUUGCGGUCCUGGUGUUCUGGGCCGCCAUGAUGCUGAGUUCAACCGGCUGGGUCAUGUUGAUCACCGGCCAAGCGUUUGUCCUCUACUCUCGACUGGGUCUGAUUCUGCAGCACGAGAAACUGCUACGGGCCAUCAAGUGGAUGAUCAUCGUCGACGCGGUGGUCUUCCACACCUCCACCACCGUCAUCCAGUACGGCAAGAGCUACGGCGGCGAACAAGCCGCCUUCGGACAGGCCCUCUUCUACAUGGAAAAGAUCCAGAUGACCGGCUUCUGCGUGCAGGAAUUCAUCAUCUCGGGCAUUUACCUCUGGACCACCGUCCAACUUCUGCAGUUGAUCUCGAAGAAGGGCACCCGCCGAGUCAUGUAUGAACUGUUCAUCAUCAACGCCAUCAUCAUCCUCAUGGACAUCGCCCUGUUGGCUUUGGAGUACCGAGGCCUGAGAUCCCUCGAGAGAGCCUUUAAGUCCUUCAUCUACUCCUGCAAGCUCAAGAUGGAGUUUGCGGUCCUGGGCAAGCUGGUCAACCUCGUCCAAUCCAGUUCGAGGUCAUUGUCCCACGCCUUGGCCGAUGUCGAUUCCUUUGUCACUGCUCCCUCCACGGGCGACCGCCCGCCCACCUUGUCGGAGAACAACCAGCUGGUACCGGACUGGAUGGCCAAGCUGGAAAGUCGCCCUACCAUGCAUAUUGAGCAUGUUCAUUCACCAGGCCAAGGAUUUAUGGAUUAG